AUGUCUGAUAAAACGAUAAGACAGUGUAAAUUGAUACUGUAUAUAUGUCGCCUCAGAUAUCCGCGAUACCCGGCAUUCUGCUUUCCGGCAUUUGUUUUUCUACAAGCGCUCAAAAAAAUCCAGAGGGACCUGAGGCUACGAUCACUGGAUUUCUAUCUACAACCAAUACCAAACACCUUGUUUGAGCAACUACAGUCCGACCAGCUCGUGAAUUCUGAGCAUACGCUCUUUGUUUCACCAACGGUGUUCCGGGAGUACGUCGUGGAGCAUGAGAUUAAUUGGAUCAAUCUUGUGCUGAAAGUCGCCAAGCCACCCCAGCUGGCGGAUUCGAACCAGGAAAAGAGUCUGGUUUCGAUUAUACUUAACAAACAGGACGUGUCUUUGUUGUGCCAACUCGCCCCCCACAAUAAAGUGCCGUUGAACGCGCUCUGGGUCAAGGAGAAUUUGGUGGAAAAUUUAAAAGAACGAUACACGUUCGAAGGUGAGUCGAUAUGGAGUCGUUUACAACGAAUCUCCGAAGGGCAGCAUCUUCCGGCGAUUGUCGCCAAGGCAAACGUGUUCAUCUACCAAACUCCGUAUGAUUUGAGCUCCGACAUGGUUGACUUCAUCCUCGGACGGUACUUUGAGACACCGCAAUUGAUGUAUCGAAACCACACGUACCAGGUUCCGCUUACGGAGCGUUUUCUCGGCAACACAUUCUACACCAAACAUUUUGCCAUCCUGCUGCACAUGAGGUCGCUUUGGUUUAAAUGCUUAAACCUCGACUCUGCUGCCGGAGCAUUUGAGAUGUACGGCAUCGCGCAAAAAAGUCUAACAACGCUACAGCAGACAACGACGUACAACAACUUCCUGCUUUCGGAACGCUUCGAUGGAUUGAUCAUGCGGCCAAGCUGUCCUUUUGGACUAAAAAAAUACUUCGAUUCACUGUUGUCAUCGUUGCAGGCCUAUAUGAAAACGGAAAACAAUGGGCUGCUGCAGAACGGAAUAUACCCGGUGUUCAUGCUGCGUGGCGAACGCGGGAUCGGCAAGAUGUCCGUGUUGCGGUCGGUGGCUGGUACGCUUGGUAUUCCGAUUUUCUACGCGGACUGUAGUGAAAUCAUGACAUCUAUAAGCUCGCAGACGGAGACGAAAUUAAGCAGCACAUUCAACAAGGCGAAAAUUUGUGAACCAUUGAUUAUUUGUCUUGAGAAUUUCGAAGUUUUCGGAGUGGACAACGAGGGCCACGAAGAUCAGCGCAUAACAGGAUCCUUUCAGGCCGAGUUGACAACUCUUUUCGAGCGAAAAUACUCCCAUCCGGUUGUGGUGAUCGCGCUGGCAAACCAAAAGGAAUCGAACACACCAAAGCUGACCUCACUUUUCCUCGAGGUCAUACAGUUCCAUCCUCCUACGACGAGCGAGCGGUUCGAGCUGCUUCAUUGGAUUUCCAUCGGUCACAAACAACGGCUUGCUGAUCACCAGCUGCAAAAAAUCGCUGAUCAAAGCCAAGGGUUUACGUUGUCCGAUUUAGAACUGCUGUACGGUAAUGCGUUGGAGCUUUGGCGCUGUUCCGAUGCACCACGUGUGCAUUUGAGACAUUUCCUCGAGUCGUUGGAAAAAAUGCAAGCCACCUUCUCGGACAGCCUCGGAGCACCGAAGGUUCCAAAGGUGCUGUGGUCGGAGAUUGGCGGAUUGGCGAAACUGAAAUCGGAGAUACAAAACUCGAUCGGAUUGCCCCUUCGUCACAAGCACCUGAUGGGGAAGAAUAUGCGACGAUCGGGAAUCCUGCUCUACGGUCCACCGGGUACCGGAAAGACACUGAUCGCCAAAGCGGUCGCGACUGAGUGCAACCUUAGCUUCCUCUCGGUUCAAGGGCCCGAGCUGUUGAACAUGUACGUCGGUCAGAGCGAACAGAACGUGCGCGAGGUGUUCGCACGUGCCCGGACCGCUUCACCGUGCGUUCUUUUUCUGGAUGAGUUGGAUUCCCUGGCACCCAAUCGGGGCGUGAGUGGUGACUCAGGCGGUGUGAUGGAUCGGGUUGUCUCGCAGAUGUUGAGCGAAAUGGACGGCAUUUCGAAGGAUCCAGGACAGCAAAUUUUCAUACUGGCAGCUACCAACCGACCGGAUCUAAUCGAUCCGGCUCUGUUGCGACCAGGGCGCUUCGAUAAGUUGUUGUACGUUGGACCGAGCUGCACGGUGGAGGACAAGGAGAGUGUCCUCCGGGCCGUGACGGGACGGUUCCGCCUGGCAGAGAACCUUACAUUGAGAAAGAUCGCCGAAAGCCUAACGCAGGACAUGACCGGGGCCGAUAUGUACUCGAUCUGCUCUAACGCGUGGUUGAGUGCUGUUCGACGGACCGUCAAAGAAGCAAUUGCUGGAGAUGCGAUUGACGAAGGCCUCAAUGCGAACCAAGUGAUCGUCGGUGAGGACGAUUUUAGGGAAGCGAUAAAAAAAUUUAUACCCUCGAUCAGCCCAUCCGAUAUGGCAUAUUUUAAUCAGCUGAAGGGUAAUUUCAGUGUGUAA